CAUCGUCCUCAUGAUCAUGUGUAAAUAUAUUGAACUGAACCACUUCAGAAGCUUGUAAUUGGUCACCCAGGAGAAGAUAACUUGAAGCAUAAGCAAAGAGCCAAACAUAGAAAAUCUCAUCAUUUCGACACAAUUAAAGACUUAGGCAGGGUUAUUCCACAGGGAUGUUUCGGUAAUUCCACUCAUUCCUUCCUUCCUUCCUUCCACCGUCGCUUUCAACUGUUACACACUGAACUCUCUUCUUCCUUUUCACACCAUUUUGGUUCCAUUGCGCUUCUGUAAUCUCGUAUUUGUACUUUAUACUAAAUUGGGUAGAGUUCAGUAGUGUCAUUGGAUGUCAAUGGAAAUUGGGUCGUUGAACUCGGAAUCAUUGAACAGAAAUGUGGCCAUGAGUGUGAGGGGUGGCACUGGGAAGAAACAAGGUGGAGUAGCAAGCAAAGUGGAGCCUUUUGUAUCACCAAAUGAGCACAACCCAAGAGAGUUACGGUCGUGGGCGAAGAGAACGGGUUUUGUGUCUGAUUACUCAGGGGAAGCGGGGACAAGUGGGAGUGCAAAGUUUGAAGCUUUUGAGAGGAAGGGAGGAGGGUCAUCUCCCAAGAUAGAGAUAGAUCCGGUGGUGGGGAGGACGAGACGAGACGAGAUCGAAACAGAGUCUCGUGGAGGUGCACCGAGGGCUGAGAAUGGUGCUGUCUUAGAUGAGAGGGGGAGAAAAGAGAAAGAACGUGAUGGUGGUGAAAGGAAAGUUGCAUUGAAUGGUAAUGCCAAUAAUGGGAUGGUGAAUAGGGAGGGGAAUGGGCAUGGAGUCUCUGCAGUUGCUCCGGUGAAUGAGGAAAAGGAGGGGGAGGAGGGGAAUGGCGAUGUUAAGGUCAAUGUAUUUCCGGAAGGGGAGGAGCAUCGUGAUGGAGGGUGGCAGAGACCGUUGGGAUUGAAGUGCGGGCUCAAAGAGAAUCCUGGAAUUGUACCUCUUAUCUAUUAUGGCCUGCAACACUAUCUAUCAUUAGCCGGUUCUCUUGUGUUGAUUCCCUUAGUUAUGGUACCGGUCAUGGGUGGAACAGAUAAGGAUACUGCUACCGUAAUCUCUACAAUACUGUUUCUUUCUGGCAUCACCACAAUACUGCACUCCUACUUUGGUACUCGACUGCCUUUAGUUCAAGGGAGCUCAUUUGUGUAUUUAGCACCGGCAUUAGUGAUCAUAAAUGCUCAAGAGUAUCGCAAUCUCACCGAGCAUAAAUUUAGACACAUAAUGAGGGAACUCCAAGGAGCUAUAAUUGUUGGUUCAAUAUUCCAAUCUAUCCUGGGAUUUAGUGGUUUUAUGUCUGUUCUACUCAGGUUAAUCAACCCAAUUGUGGUUGCCCCAACUGUUGCUGCUGUAGGUUUAGCAUUCUUCAGCUACGGUUUUCCACAGGCAGGCACUUGCCCAGAAAUUACCAUUCCACAGAUAGCACUGGUUCUGAUAUUCACUUUAUAUCUACGAGGAAUAUCUAUCUUCGGGCGCCACUUAUUUCGAAUUUAUGCUGUUCCCUUGAGUUUGACAAUAAUUUGGAUAUAUGCAUCCUUUUUAACAGCUGGGGGAGCAUAUAAUUACAAAGGAUGCAAUCCUAAUAUACCAAGUUCAAACAUUCUGUUGGAUGCAUGUAGAAAACAUGCAUAUACCAUGCAGCAUUGCAGGACUGAUGUUUCCAAUGCAUUGGCUACUGCUGCAUGGGUCAGAAUUCCUUACCCUUUACAGUGGGGCAUCCCUAUUUUCCAUUUUAGGACUUCCAUAAUCAUGGUCAUAGUGGCACUUGUUGCCUCUGUGGAUUCAGUUGGAACUUAUCAUGCUACAUCUCUGCAAGUUAAUUCAAGGCCUCCUACUCCCGGUGUUGUGAGCCGAGGAAUUGCUCUUGAGGGUUUCUGUAGCAUAUUGGCUGGUCUUUGGGGUUCAGGUACUGGCUCAACAACCUUGACAGAAAACAUGCACACAAUUGACAUCACCAAGGUGGCAAGUCGGAAUGUAGUGGUGGUUGGAGCUGCUUUCUUGAUCUUGUUCUCAUUUAUAGGGAAAGUGGGUGCUCUUCUCGCUUCCAUUCCACAGGCCUUGGCUGCUUCUGUACUAUGUUUCAUGUGGGCUCUUACUGCAGCAUUAGGCCUCUCUAAUUUACGGUUUAGUCAAUCAACCAGUUUCAGGAACAUUACAAUAGUUGGCGUUUCACUGUUCCUUGGAAUGUCUAUCCCUGCUUAUUUUCAACAAUACCAGGUUGAGUCAAGUUUGAUACUGCCCAGUUAUCUGGUUCCUUAUGCGGCAGCAUCAAGCGGACCAUUCCGUUCAGGCAUUAAACAGCUUGAUUUUGCAAUCAAUGCUCUUAUGUCCUUGAACAUGGUGGUUACACUGUUGGUGGCAUUCCUACUAGACAACACUGUCCCUGGCAGACAAGAAGAGCGAGGGGUGUUUGUCUGGUCAAGAGCUGAAGACAUUUCCACUGAUCCCUCUUUGCUAUCUGAAUAUUCGAUGCCGAAGAAGGUCGUCCGGUGUUGCUGUUGUUUCAAUUUUAAAUGUUUGGGAGUCUAAUGCUUGGUUCACUCUGACAUUUUAAUCUUGGUAAUAUUCCUUCAAGAUAAAAGUCACUCCUGGAUGUGUCUAUUAUUCUUUGUGGGACUGGAAAGAUAUUGCCGCUCGUCAAACGUAAAUUAUGCAGUGUAAUAUAGCUAUAGUGACAUUAGGUUGGGCACAGACUGAUUGCUGUAGAAGAUUUAUUAUGCUUGGGAGACUGCAAUUUUUUACACGUUAAAUUGUCUUGCUGAAAAACCAAAUAGUGUACUUACGUAUUGAUAUAUUUAUAUGAAUAAGUAUUCCAUUUUGCUUU